UUUGGUAAAUAGUGGAUAGGCAAAUUAAAUAACAUAAAAUACAUUAAAAUCAAGACAAGGUGUCAAAUUUUAAACGGAUUAGAAACUUUUGCAUGGUGUAGGGUGUUGACAAAUAGAAAAGGAUUUCUUAUAAUAUAACUGGUUAUCAAAACACAAGUUUUAUAAUGUGUAAAUGUUUGCAUGUGAUAUGGUGUUUCUUGGCUAUAGUUUGUGUAUCAGUAUGGACAAACAGCUGUAGUGAGGAUGCAGCCUGUGAUGAUGUUGUUACCAUGCCAUUAGUGGAUAAUCUGGGGGCCACAUUAAAAGCUGAUAUAGAUGUCAAGAAUCUAAACAAACAUUUAAAAGCUUACAUAGAACUAGAAAUGAAAAAAGUUUUUGAAGAAACCGCCAAAAAUGUGAAGACUCUAGUUGAGAAGGAAAUUGAGGUAUUGAAUACAACAGUUCAGGAAAAACAGUCAGGUGUGACAUACAUACGAUGGGGAAGGAAAGAUUGUCCAAGUGGAGCAGAAAUAGUUUAUACAGGACAGGCCGGUGGUAAUCAUUACUCGAACAAAGGAGGCGGUGUUAAUUACCUUUGUCUACCAAAUGAUCCAGAAAAUGGAGAACAACAGUCGUUUUCAAAUGACCAGAUAUAUGGUAGUGAAUACGAAAUCUCGUAUGCGCACACACCAACAGGAUGGUCCGGAAGUCUGCACAAUACGGAGGUACCUUGUUCAGUCUGCUUCCGGAAACAUAAAUCAACCAUGAUAAUGAUUCCAGGCAGAAAGACAUGCUACAGCGGUUGGAAUACGGAAUACCAUGGCUACUUGAUGAGUGACCAGAACAGUCAAGCCAAGGUCGACUUUGCCUGUGUUGACAGUAAUGCUGAACCGCUGGGCAAUUCAAAUGAUAUUAAUGAGGAUGGAGCUCUGUUCCUUACCGUACGAGCAAAAUGUGGAAGUUUAAAAUGCCCACCGUACACAAAUGGUGCAACGGUUCUUUGUUCUGUAUGCACAAAAUAAAGGAUUAAGAAAAUUAAGUCAUCUAGAUAUGUGCGAAAAUAUCAAUUCAGUGACACCAGUUAAAUGAUUGGAUAGUUAAUGAUGUUUAUGCAAUAAAUUAAGAAAAACAAAU